CCAGUAGGACACAGAAUAACUACAGAGAGCAGGGGUUAUUAAUGUAUGGUGUGUGUGGAACAGUAACACACUGCUGCUGCUCUGGCAGAGAUCACUGUGUGCCUUUUAUUAGUAAUUGCGCAUUAAAGCAGAUUCUGAUUAGGUGGAACGGAAGUCUGGCGAAGCGGAACACAUCUUUUUGCAGCCCGGACAAGUUACUAGGGUGGACUAUUCAGACAGCUUAAGCCAUGCUUCAGACCAAUGACAGAGGGGGUGUGUGCUUAGAUCUGUAAAGAGAACGGGGUGUGUGUUCUGCACAGACUGCACUUGCUAUCGGAAAGAUACUGACAGCAGAUCUCUGCUCUGCUCGUCUGUAGCAUGAGCUCUGAGCCAUGGACCGGAUCACCUUCCACCAUGACACCGUGCUGUCAGACGUGCACAUGCUGCGGCCCAACGCUCGCCACCUCAUGACCCGCCUCAACUCUGUGGGCCAGCCCGUCUUCAUUUCUAAAUUCAAGAUCCUAUCAGUUGGUGAAAGACCUGACGACAAUGACCCAGAGAAAGGUGUACCGGAGGCAGGGGUGGGCCACGAACCAAAGAAAGAGGACGAAAAAGUCUCACAAAGUCAAGAUGGAGAGGAUGGGGGGGAAGUCGGUGGGGAACCAUUCCUGGAUGAGGACGGAGACUUCCACAUCACACACCGGCCGAGAACAAACCUUCCGGAGAGAAACAGUCGAGACCUGGUGUGUCCCAUCAUCCUGCAGCAGGCUGACCCUGAGCUGGAGCCAGAAGAGGAGCACUCAGAGGAUGAAGACGAUCAGGCCUUCGACAACAUUAUAAAGAUUGAACACACCAUGGCCACAACCCUGGAGGAUGUAGGCAAACAGGUGUGGCGCGGGGCCUUCCUCUUGGCGGACUUCAUUCUCUCCAGCCCUGACAUGUUCAGAGGAGCCACAGUCCUGGAGCUGGGAGCGGGAACAGGCCUCACCAGCAUCGUCAUGGCAACCAUCUGCAAAACAACAUUCUGCACAGAUGUGGGAGAGGACCUUCUCAGCAUGUGCAAGAAAAAUGUAACAUUAAACAGACACCUGAUGGAGGCUGCAGGUGGUGAUGUGAGAGUGAGACAGCUGGACUGGCUUCAGCAUGACCUUUGUACAGAUGCAGACGUGGAGUUUCGCUGGACAGAAGAUGAAGUAGAAGACAUGUACAACAACACUGAGAUCAUCAUUGCUGCUGAUGUUAUCUAUGACGAUGAACUGACAGACGGUCUGUUCCGGACCCUGUACCGGCUCUGCAGCAGCUUCUCUCACAGCUGCUCCGUCUUCAUCUCCAUAGAGAAAAGGAUGAACUUCACUCUGAGAAACAUGGACGUGUCCUGUGAUGCCUACAACCACUUCAGCCGCUGCCUGACCCAGCUGGUGGCCCUGCAGGACGGACGCUGCAGCUUCACAGUGCAGCAGCUCCCUACCCACUUUUCACAGUUCCUCCUGUAUGACCGCAUAGAGCAUCUGGAGCUGUGGAAGGUGACCUCCGCCCCAACGCCAUCUGAGCGGACCCCUCCCCCUGAGUCUGCCUGUGGUAGCAGUUUGAACGCUGAGCCCCCCACUCCACAUGUUCCCAUUCAUAGAUCCUGUUAGGAGUUCAGUUUGCUAAAUAAGUAGAAUGAAACCAUUUACUACAUUCAAGAUGGAAACAAAAAAUAAAUAUAGUUUAUAAGGGACUUUUUUUUCAGGAAAUUAGAAUAAUUUAUUUUUUAACUAGAUUUAUGCAUUCUUGAACAUAAAGAUAUUUAUAGUAAAUGGAAGUUCUCCAGGUUUGUACUGAGAACGUUUGAUGUUUGAACAGUAACCUUUGUAUAAUGUUGAAUAAAGUGUUGCAGAACACAUACCCUACAA